GGGCUCAAGGACAAAGUCAAGAAUACUUUCAGUAAAUGGUACAACAAGGUUAUGUAACAUUGAUUUCAUGUUUUUCUGUGUUGUAAACUGAAUACUUGUUCAGUCUUUGUUUUUCAAGUCAACAUGGAGCUUAUUAUGAAUAUGUGUGCACAAUGGCCAGUCAGAAUGCCAGUGGUGAUGAGCAGAUGCAACUGAUCCAAGUCGACCCCGUCCGAAGGAACAUUUCACUGGCGCUGACCCAGAUCUUUGUGUGGCCCUUCAUCUACCUCAUCUUCCUCAUGCUCUUAAUAUUCUCCAAGAAAGAGACUUUCAGAACAGAGACACGCUAUAUAUUGUUUGGUCACUCUCUCUUGGUAGACCUAAUAUUUCUUUGUCUGACAGAUUUUGUGGUGCUCUUAUCAUACAACCUUGUUUUAUUACCUCUGCAUUUCUGUAUCCCCAUAUGCAUGUUAACGGAAGCAGUUGCAGUAAGUGCACCAUUAACCAUCGGUGCCAUGUGCGUGGAGCGCUAUGUGGCCAUUUGCAUGCCUCUCCGACAUCAUGCGAUCUCCACCUCUAGAAGAGCUAUGAUGGUGAUUUUAAUGAUUUGGAUCCUGAGCUCCAUAAACCCCUUUGUUGACAUGUUCAUUCUCAUCAGCACUGCCUCUCGUGAAUACAUGUCUCAGCUCACACACUGCCACUAUGAGAUUAUGAUUCCGGAUAAGAUCCGUCAUUUUGCCAGGGGUCUGUUGUAUAUUGUGGGGCUUGUGGCUAUUUUGAUCAUUGAGGUCUUUUGUUAUGUAAUGAUAUACCUUGCUGCACGCGCAGCAUCUGGUGACAAGAAGUCCGCAUCAAAAGGGCAGCGCACCAUUUCCCUCCACAUCCUUCAGCUGUUUUUAUGUACUGCCGAGGUGAUGUGCCCUUACAUUGAGGCUGUAGUUAUGCAGUAUGAUAUUCAUUCAUAUCUGACUGUCCGAUUUAUAAAUUUCCUGGCAUUUAGUAUCACUUCUAGAGCAGUAAGUCCUCUCGUCUAUGGGUUCAGAGAUGAGAAAUUCUAUGCAGCUAUGGCUUACUAUAUUAGGUGCAAAAACAAUGUGAUCUCAUCUGACACUGAUAAACUAACAUGAUAAUCUUUUUUAAAGGAUUUUGAUCUUGCCUAAAUUCCUUUUGAAAUGUCAUGAAGUAAAAUUUGUAAUGCAUCAAAACUCAGUUUUGGUUGACCAACUACCUAAACAUCCCAUUCUAGUUUAUAUAUUUUAAUAGUGAAGAGCUAGAGUUUUAAAUUGUCUGGCCAACAGCAAGAUUUGUCUUGGGAAAUGUAGUGUAUUGUUUAAGGGUGUAAUCUGUUGACUUAAGUAAACGUGACUGUUAGAAUAAUUUCUUGAAAAUCAACUUACAAAAUUUUUUAUUUAGUGUUUCACAUAAUCGACUACAAUGUUGCCAUUACCUGUUACACUUUCAAAUAUGUUAUGUACAUUUUUUUAAGUUUUAGUAAUUUAUUUGAACAUAAUUAUGUCAUUUUAAUUAUUAACAGUUACAUUUUACAUUUGCAUUAGAUACAAAUUUGCUGAACAAACAGAUUAAAUCUUGUAUUGAAUUAUUUAUAUGUAACGGCAGACUAUUUGAGAUCAGUGUACAAUGUGAUUAUUCUUAUUAUUAUUAUUCAUUUUGGCAUCUGAAUUCUGUUAAAACAUUUCACAUGUUAGAAAAGAACAAUAAUCAUACAACAAUACUAGUGAAUUCAUCUCUUUUUAAGCUAAAUGUGUAUCUAGCAUUUGCAUUUGAUCCUAUUUCUCUUUCUGAAUACUCCUAAGGUCUUUCAUAUGUAAUACAUCUGUGUGAAUAACAUUUACUAAACAAACAUGCAAAGGCUACAGUGAGUGUGAUACUCAAAACUCUUCCACAUUUUUGUGGAAGUUUGUAGAACUUCCUAUUUUAUAUAUCUAAGGGAAAAUAUUAAUAGGUGAUUUUUUUUCCACAAUGCGUUCAUUUGUUUGAAAAAUAAAUUCCAUUAUUUAAAUACAUAGUAAAGAGCAGCAUUGUGGUUGUCCAACAUAUAAUGAAACACAGUCUAUGAGAUAAAAUAAUAUUCACUGCACCUUCUAUAAAGGCAAACAUUACUCUUUUACAUACCAUUUUAAGAUAACAAAGUGCUUUCAUUAUCUCACAAAUGUAUUAUAACAUAUAGAUGAGAAAUGAAUAGAACAUUUUAAAUAAUAAGGUAUUAAAUAAUAAUAAUAAAUUGGCAACAUGAUUGCAGAUUAAUACAAGCAACAACAAACAAAAAAACAAAAAAAGAAGAAAAAAACCAUGUUGCCUUAUGUGUCCUUUUCAUGCCAACAUGAAGCCUUUACUUCCAAACAGUCUUAUUUGUGAUUCUUGGACCCUAAACUCUAAUAACCCCUUUGUUCGUGUUUUUCCCCUUCAUUAAUUAACAGAUGUUUAGAUGUGAAUGUUUUAAUGAAAGUUUUGUUUCAAGUCACCAUGAUGGUGAUCAGUGUUUUCUUUAGUUGGGCUCUUGACCCUUUACUUUUUAAUGUUAUUUUUCUUCUGGCUGCUUCAACUUUGUGUUUGUAGAGCACAUUUGUUAUGGCCAGAGAAACUAUGAUCUGGGCUGUGUUUUCCAAAAGCAUCAUAAGCAUAAGUUGGUGAUCAACUUGACAUAAUGGCUUAAUUCACUGGUCACAUCCAACAUAACUGGUAAUUUUGAUGCUUUAUUAAUCUGCUGAAUUAAUUAGUCUCUGAUGUUAUAGUUUGAGAUCCAGCAGUGCUUUUACAUUCUGAAGUUUUUUAGAAACACACACUGACAUCAAGAAUCAGCAUAU